AGAAAAAAGAAAAGGCGAUUCCGAUAAGGCUCUGAAAACACACACGAGACAGAGAGAGUUGCAGAGAGUGAGAGUGUGUGUGUGAGAAAGAGAAAGAGAAAGAGAAAGAGAAGGAGAAAGCAAAGGAAAAGGGGAAAAAGACAGACUGUAUGGGAUGAUGAUGGAGGAGAACAAUAACGUCAUCGCGCCGUUCGUUAUGAAGACUUACCAGAUGGUCAACGAUCCGACGACGGACAAGUUAAUCACUUGGGGCCGAGCCAACAACAGCUUCAUCGUCGUCGACCCGUUAGACUUCUCUCAGAGGCUCUUACCCGCUUACUUCAAGCACAACAAUUUCUCCAGCUUCGUCCGCCAGCUUAACACAUAUGGAUUUCGAAAGGUCGAUCCAGAUAGGUGGGAAUUUGCGAACGAGUGGUUUCUGCGGGGCCAAACGCAUUUGCUGAGGAACGUGGUGAGGAGAAAGCACAUGGGUAAGAAUUCGUAUUCGAAUUCGAAUUCGAGCACGUGCUUAUUACAGGGGAAGCACGAGGAGCUUGACGACGAAGAGAUAUUGAUGGAGAUUGCGAGGUUGAAGCAGGAGCAGAAGGCGUUGGAAGAAGAAAUGGAGAACAUGAACAAGAGAUUGGAGGCAACUGAGAGACGACCCCAGCAAAUGAUGGCUUUUCUGCACAAAGUCGCGGAGGACCCUGAGAUUUUGCCACGUAUUAUGCUCGAGAAGGAUCGUACGGUCAGAGCGCAGUUGGGGGAGAAAAAGCGGCGGGUUAUGAUGAUAACCUCAACGUCGUCCUCGUCGUCGGGCAUGGGGGCCACCAACUCCGUCAAGACCGAGGAUGAGGAUGACGGAACCGUAGGGGUAAUUUCGUCAUCUCCCGAACCGGGUUUUGAGAUGGAGAGUUUUUAUUCCACGUCUCCAGAGACGUCGACGGCGCGAGAGUGGGGGAGGCAGAGGCGGGUCGUGGAUCGGGUUCGGGCUGUGCAAGACCCGUAUAAUAUGAACCCGACGGUGUCGGGACAUGGGAUCGGGAAUAGUAGUAAUUCCGGGUACGGGUAUGGGAAUAGUGCGGAAGUGGGUUAUCUCACAGAGGAACCUAUCCCUGCACCACCGCCUUAUCCAUUCUCGUUGUUAGAGGGUGGCUUUUAGUUUUUAGUUAUGAUUUUGGUACUUUCACAAGAUUUAUCUUGGCUUUUGGUAUUAGUUCC